CCGUGCUUUUCACACAGCCAUAUAACCUUCCAGUGUUUAUUAGCUCUGUGUACACACACUCAUGUUUAUGAUCGUACCAUGUAGCGUUCAGCUAUAUGUUUACUUUAUAGCGCGUGCAUUUCUGCGGAGCGUGGUUGCGCGAGCGCUCAGGUCUGUAGGACAUAGGAAAGCUUGGUGUGAUCAACAGGCCCUGAGACUAUUCUGACACCGCUGUGGAAACUUCAUUACGGAAGAGCAACUAGUGUGUGCCUCGACUCAGCUGAUCCAGCCAUGACCUUUUCUCUUCCGCCAUGGAUUAUUUUGACCUCUGAAUUGUAACAACAGGCGUUAUUGCGCAUAAACGUGUUACGUGUUUUGCAUUUUUGUGCUUUAUAUUUAUAGUUUGUGCGCUUUGCGGGGGCCCAAGGGUCAGUUUCCAAAAGUUCGCGGACACCCAGAAAAGGUUCAAACUAAAUGGGUCCGAAACAGAGUAGUCCGGCGGCUGCAGGUCGUCUCAGGGCUUAUUCCGGAUCAGACGUCCCCUCAUCCACCAGCAGCGGUACCGGUACAGCGGGCGGGGCCAUGCGCUACUACAGCGGGAACCAACCGCAGGUCGGAGCCAGGGGGCGAUACGGGGGUGAUGGUGGGAGACCCAACUCACUUUUUCAACCCACAAUCAUAGCGAACAGUAGCGAGACUAACAGCGAUGAGGAUGCAGAUCGAGAACGAAAUCAGUCUGGUCCAAGGCUUCUGAUAGGAUCCUUACCGGCUCACCUUUCCCCUCACAUGCUCGGAGCUGAAUUCCAUUGUCCUGUGUGUUCAAAAGUUGUUGCUUCAGAUGAAAUGGACCUUCACAUCAUUAUGUGUCUCACUAAACCCAGACUGACCUAUAAUGAGGACGUUUUGACGAAGGACUCUGGAGAGUGUGCAAUAUGCUUGGAUGAAAUGGAGCAGGGGGACACAAUUGCCAGACUGCCUUGUCUUUGCAUCUACCACAAAGGGUGUAUUGAUGAAUGGUUCGAGGUGAAUAGAUCUUGCCCAGAACACCCUACAGAUUAACAAUGCCUAUAUUAUACAGGUUUUCUCAUUCUCUAUUGAGGAAGGACUCCAGAGGAGGUAUAUUCAAUUGGACUAUUUACGCUGUGAUCCUGGACUCCACUGUUUAAUGAACUUUGCUUCUUACCAGCAACGGCCUGUGGCCACCAUUUUUCGCAGCUGUGCCAAAAGACAAGUAAAAGCAAAGCCUCAGGGACCCUGUCCAUGUGUGUAACUCACCCUAUCUCCUUUUUAACACACCAUAGGACAUGACAUCCACGCGCCCACCCUGUGUCCAAUCAUCGUGGCAUCAGGAUGCACCUUAGUAAACUGUAUCUACACUGGACAGAA